AUGACGGAGGACUCGGGUGAGAACGCUGAGAUGGACAUGGACAGUCCUGCCAAACUCAUCGCUCAGUGCUGCAGUGAGCAGACCGAGAAGAUCCAAGAUGAUCCAGAAGAAGUGAUGAUGAUGAUGAUGAUGAAGGAGGAGGAAGAGGCUUGUGAACUGACUCAGGACACCGAUCUGAACUCUUCCUCGUGUCUCACAUCGGCACAGAGCAGCACCGAGGUCAUUUUUGAUGGGAUGGAUGUUGCAGAGGAAGCCAAGUCAACAUCAGAGGAGAGGAAUACAACAGAGCUGGAGGACGUGCUGGACUCUCUGCAGCAUCUGCAGCUGUGUCUGACGGAUGCUGAGAGUCAGCAGGAUGUUCAGCUGCUGCUGGAGCUGCUGCUGCAGUCAGACUUCCAGCAGGCGUUCAUCACGCACCGCAGCGUGGCUCAGAGCAUGAGACGCCUCUGUCCGCCGUUCCCGCUCACCGCACACGCACAGCAGCUCAGAGACGAGGUGGAGAGUGUUCUGCAGUCCAGCAAACACACCGAAGCCACAGAACUCACAGGCCUGCUGACGUCACUACACCUGCAGGCCCUGAUGGAAGCUCACGACUGUAUUGCUGAGCAAGAAUUGGAUGUCGAAACUAUUGAAUCCGUGGACCACGAUGAAAAGACCACCAAACUGGUUUCCCUGGAGAAAACUCGUGACAUGCCUCUGGGUGUGACCGUUCGGAACGAACAUGACUGUGUAAUCAUCAGUCGGGUGGUGAGUGGCGGGACGGCUGAAAAAAGCAACCUGCUCAGUGAAGGAGAUGAAAUCCUGGAGAUCAAUGGCGUUUCAGUCCGUGGAAAAAGUGUUAAUGAUGUUCACAACGUUCUGUCCUGCAUGCAUGGGUCCCUCACGUUUCUCCUCGUCCCAAACUCUCAAAACAAAAUAUCUCCUCACCGACCAACUGUGAUGCAUGUGAAGGCAAACUUCAGCUAUGACCCAUCUGAGGACCUAUAUGUGCCAUGUAGAGAGCUCGGCCUCUCCUUUCAAAAGGGAGACGUCUUACACGUCACCAGCCAGGACGACCCCAACUGGUGGCAGGCGUACCGGGACGGACAUGAGGACCAGAAGCCCCUCGCUGGCCUUAUACCUGGGAAGAGCUUCCAACAGCACAGAGAAGCCAUGAAGAAAACCAUUACAGACAGAAAUCAAGAGCAUAAAGGAAAACUUUGGUGUGCAAAGAAAAGCAAAAAGCAACGGAAAAAACUCUUGUUCAACCCUAGUAAGAAUAUCGAGGAUUACACUGAGGAUAUCCUGACCUAUGAGGAGGUGGCACUGUACCAUCAGCCUCCCAACUGCAAGCGCCCCAUCGCUCUGAUUGGUCCACCCAACAGCGGACAUGAUGAACUGAGACAAAGACUGCUCUCUUUAGAGCCUGACCGAUUCACCGGUGCUGUUCCACACACCACACGAAACCCCCGCGCUCAUGAGGUCAACGGCAGGGAGUACAACUUUGUAUCACGACAGAGCUUUGAAUCUGACCUGGCUGCAGGGAAGUUCAUCGAGUCGGGCGAGUUUGAACAGAACUUGUACGGCACAAACACAGAUUCAGUCAGACAGGUUGUCAACUCAGGAAAAAUCUGUUUGCUGUGUCUGCAUCCCAGGUCCCUGCGAGUGCUGUGUUCCUCAGAUCUUAAACCAUACAUCAUCUUCAUCAGGCCUUCUUCUCCUCCUCCUCCUCCUCCUCCUCAGGAGCGAUUCUCCACCCUGCUGACCAGAGGAGUGAAGAAACACAUGCCUGAGGAUGUGAGAGAGACCUUGGAGAAAGUGCGUGAGAUGGAGCACAGCUACGGUCACUUGUUCGAUGCGGUCAUCACAAACACUGAGCAGGAGAAGAGCAUCUCUGAGCUGCUGAGAAUCAUUAACAAACUGGACAUCGAGCCGCAGUGGGUCCCUACAGCCUGGGUCAGCUAAAAACACUAGAAAUGUUCUGAUGAUGUGCACAGUAUGCUACCUUUUUUUUUGUGUGUGUGUGUGUGUGUGUGUGUGUCUGUUUGUUAAAGGAAUAGUUCACCCCAAAAUGAAAAUGUCUUCAUCCUCAGGCCAUACAUGAUCUAGAUGAGCUUGUUUCUUCAUCAGAUUUGGAGAAAUGUAGCAUUUCAUCACUUGCUCACCAAUGGAUUCUCUGCAGUGAAUGGGUGCCGUCAGAAUGAGAGUCCAAACAUCACAAUAAUCCACACCACUUCCUCACGCUUCCUCCAGUGAAAAAGUCAAUCACCUGUUGUCUCUCACAUCAAAAUCCACCCAUGUAUACUGUUUUGGACUGUUUUGGCUUGUAAACACUGCUUGAUCUGUGCAGAUCUCUCCUGAUUCAGACCAGAUCACUUUUUCACUGGAGGAAGCGUUAUUAUGGAAUAUGGACGUCUUAAUUAUAGAAUUUGUUUCUUACAAACGCAGCUUUUGGCUUCACAAGACAUUAAUUGAUGGACUGGAGUGGUGUGGAUUAUUGUGAUGUUUUUAUCAGCUGUUUGGACUCUCAUUCUGACGGCACCCAUUCACUGCAGAGCAUC